AUGGAGGUGGAGAUUCGCCCUGACAAAUACGUACGUCAUAACUUGACAAGUGGAUUUGAGCUGAGUUUUGGUGAAUCAAUCCGGCAUAGUCAUAAGGGAAUUGAAGUUAUGGAUAAAUUUCCUGGAGAUCUUGGAACUUUACUUACAACAAACUUCCGAGUGUUCUGGUAUUCUGACACCCAAGCUGGUCGUAACAUAUCUAUUGGGUUUGAGAAAGUGAUUGCAGUUGGAAGACGGAAAAUAUAUAGUGGGGAACCAGAUGAAACACAAGUGCUGUGUUUACUCACAUAUGAUAGUCCAUUCCACAGAGAAUAUGUGUUCAAAAACUGUAAUAAUUUGUAUGAUCUAGAUCAUAUUAAAGUACUAUUGGAUAUUUUUAGGGCAUACACUUCUACAAGGUCCUACCAUGAAGUUCAGAAUAACUGUGACCUCAUUGAAGACAGACAACUAAAAGUUUUGCCAUCUGAGGAAAUUUUAGCUUGUGUUGAUGGGGUGUGGAACUUGAAUUAUGUUGAGAGACCACUUGGUACAUUUAUGCUGACAAAUAUUCGAGCUGUUUGGUUUGCUUAUGAAAAUGAAACAAACAAUUUAUCUGUGCCAUUUCUAUGCGUUGAGAAGGUUAAUUGUGUACCUACAGAAUAUGGAGAAGCUUUUGUUGUGGAAGUUUUGGAAGAUAAUAAACCAUAUGGAUGGAGAUUUAUGGCAGAGACUGAAGACAAGCAAGAGUUUCUUUUAGAAAGUUUGUGUGAUCUGCUUCAUCAUUUUAAGGAAUGUCCAUUUGUAGGAUUUUAA